AGUGCGGCCCUGCAGAGAGCCACAGGCAUGCACAUCCCAUGCAGCCUCCACAGAGCAACAAACCAGGAACCGAAAGCCUGAGCGCAGUGACUGAUGGAGGGAGGUGGAGAGAAAAUGUCCACUUCAGGAAGCCGCGGUAAAAACCCGCCGAACCGCACGAUCCCGUCAGAGCCGCACCGAAUCCCGAUCCCGGAACACCGCCGAGAGCAGCGCGGGCUGUCCGGGUGGAUGUGAUGGAUGUGUGUGGAUGAUGUGCACGCAUCAGAGACUAAUCCAUCUCCGCCCGGAGAGGAGAGAGUCGGGGAUAAAACAUCACCAUCGCAUCUCUUCAGCAGUCUGCCUCUAAAUACUGAGAGGAGAGGAGAGGAGGAGAGGAAGAGAGGAGAGGAGGAGAGGAGAGGAGGAGGAGGCCACCAUCGCAUCUCUGGAUGGCUGCACUGCUCGCCUGAUUGCCCGGCCCGCUGCAGGACCGGCUGGCCAAGCCCACCGACCUGAGGACCUAUAUAAGGCCCCGCGGCGGCACCUCAGCGGGUGUCUGUCACCAGAUCUUCAUCGUCGGCCUCCUCUGCCUCUCUCCUCGGAUUGAUCUUUCCUCUGUGUCCUCAGGGUAGCGUACAGCAGCAGCAGCAGCAGCAGCCAUGUCUCACGGAUGGGGAUACGGACCUUCUAACGGACCCGACAAAUGGGUGCAGGACUUCCCUGUGGCCGACGGGCCCCGCCAGUCUCCUAUCAACAUCGUCCCCAGGGAGGCCCAGUACGACUCCUCCCUGAAGGCUCUGAAGCUCAAGUACGACCCCUCCAACGCCACGGGCAUCCUCAACAAUGGACACUCCUUCCAGGUGGACUUUCUGGACGACACAGACACUUCCACUCUGACUGGAGGACCUAUUUCUGGAACGUACCGUCUGAGACAGUUUCAUUUCCACUGGGGAGCCAGUGACGACCGAGGCUCCGAGCACACCGUCAACGACAUCAAGUUCCCCUGUGAGCUGCACCUGGUGCACUGGAACACCAAGUACCCGAGCUUCGGAGAGGCGGCCAGCCAGCCUGACGGACUCGCUGUGGUCGGGGUGUUCCUCAAGAUUGGAGCUGCCAACCCCAGACUUCAGAAGGUUCUGGAUGCCUUGGACGCAAUUAAAACCAAGGGAAAGCAGACCACUUUUGCCAACUUCGACGCAAAGACUCUUCUUCCUAGUUCUCUGGAUUAUUGGACCUAUGAUGGCUCUCUGACCACGCCCCCCCUGCUGGAGAGUGUCACCUGGAUCGUCCUCAAGGAGCCAAUCAGUGUCAGCCCUGCACAGAUGGCCAAGUUCCGCAGCCUCCUGUUCACCGGAGAGGGAGAAGCUCCGUGCUGCAUGGUGGACAACUACAGACCUCCUCAGCCCCUGAAGGGCCGUCGGGUCCGUGCCUCCUUCAAAUAAACCCCCGCUUCACCUUCAAAGCUCCUUCAACGCUUUGCUUAUUCUUCCCUCUUUUCCCGAACCUUCCUCCUCCACAUGCAGCCUUCACUCACCUUAUUUCAGCCCCAACGACAUCAACUCAGAAAGUAGAAUAGAAUCCAUCUGCUCACACUUUCUAUGACAUAGACUACCUGGAUGUAUCUUGAAUGAAAUAACAUAAGCUUUGACACUAUAAAACAUCCCGCCUCAUAAUGUCGACGUACCCGAGCUAACACAGAAAUCUGCAUCACAUCCUCUCUGACCGGUCUGAUCGUGUCUGUUGACGUGUGAUCAGACGCAAAACAUCUCAAAUAUCAUUUUAAAUAUUCGAAAGGCAGAAGUAAUGUUUGUGUGACUGUAGGAAGUGUUUCAAUCAACAGUCAUUUAUUUCUAUUUAGCAUUAAUGAAAAGUCUAAAACAGACUUAGGCAACUGUUAGUUAUUGGAUCAUGUGUGCUACAUACUACAACUGAAAAAAUACACAGAUCCACCUGUUUGGUGGAUGUCGCUCUAAAUUACACGCAGGAAUAUUUAUCAAAAAAUAAUAGUCCGUUAUUUAAAAGAUAUGAAUUAUAUGUUUUGCCUUGUUUGAAAAGCCUUUAUCAGUUUCCUGAAGCUCCUCCUAUGCAUUUGAUUGUGCUGUGCGUUGUGCUGCAGACAGCUGCUCAGAUUGUUAGAGCUCAUGUUUUUCUUGACGCCUCAUUUUGUCACUUUGAGACAAAGUGAUGACACCAGCAGUGAGUCCGGGCCGAGGCCUCCGCCCAUCGACCGGUGAUCACCUCAUGAUGGUAAUGCUAUGAAACGCCACAGUGUGCUGUGAACGACAGUUGUAUCUGGUACUGGAUGACAGAGGUCGUGUCCGCGCUGAUGCACGUAGAUAUGAAACACUUUUAUUUUCUUCAGUGUAGAGCUUCCGUCCACAUGCAGUCAUCUUGUAUCUGCGUUACUGUGGACACGACUUUAGCCAUCUCACUCUGUCAGUGACUCUACAGUACAAGCUUCACACCUUUUAUAAGAACCAUGACAACUGAACUACCUAACACCACAGUGCAUUAAACUUAGACAGAGCUGGUGUGUUAUAAAGACGUGAAAGGACCAAUGUAUGACUUUGCAUUAACACAAGCUACAGUAUCAACACAGGUCAUAGACUUAAUUAUUAUCUUUGUCAACAGUGUCUAUAAUCAAUACUCCAUCUAACUGAACUGGGAUCAGUGGCAGGUCUUCAUAAGAAACCUGAGCAAUGUCACUUUUUAGCUUUUAUAUCAAUGUUAUAGGAAAUGUUAUUAAAAAAAAUCUUUCAGUGUGUCACUUCAAACUGCUGUCACGUUAUAGAUGGAAAGAUAUUUUGUGUGAAUCUGUCGUUAGUGGUAAAGAUUUAUCAAUAAAAACUAUUUAAAAUCUA